AAAAUAAAUAUCAAGAGACCAGAGAAUAAAUUAAAAAAAAAAAGACUACUGACUUAAAAGAUGGCCGAGUAAGGAAUUCUUAAAAUAAAAAUAAAUAUUUAAAUAAAUGACAACUGUUAAUCUAUUGAGCUUUCAUCAUGACAUGAAAAAUAAUAAUAAUAAUUAUAUUUCUUCAAGAACCUGAAAAUUAAGGUAAUCUUUACAGUGUUUUUCAUGCGCGCGAAUUGCGAAAUAAGAAAAUAGAUUUUUGGCGGGAGACGCUAAUCUGCUGAUACAGUUGGUUAAUUUUUUUUUAUUUAUUUUGUUACUAAAAUUGAAAGUACUGAUUGCUUGAAAUAUCAUGAAGAAGAUGACUUUCAUACAGAUACACUGGAUUUAUUUGGAUUUAAUGUUAUUUGGCAAUAGUUUUAUUAAUAGUGAUGUUAAUGUUGAUCUUGUGGAUUAAAUAUAGAAUAAUUAAUAUUAAUAGUGGCUUAAAUGUAAUAUGGCGUACAAGUUUCGUGAGGAGAUCGUGGGAAAGAGGUUCCUAUCAGUGAGUAGUGAUUUCUCCAAGUCUAAAGUGAAUAAAAUCAGUGAGUGGGGUUGGAGAUCGGGGGUAAUACGCGCUGCUAGUCACAGGGAUAAUAAUUGCCAUGAUCUUCAAGUUCUUGUUGAAUACGACGACGUGGAAUGGCACAGACGAGAAUGGUUAUCACCGCAUCGAGACACAGCCUUUACAUAUUUUCUCAUCGAAAAAGGAGUUUUUUGGGCAGAGCGUCCAGAUCCACGACAAAACGGUCUCACUGCCAUCGAUCAAUACAAUCACAACAACCAUACAAAUAAUAAUCACCGCAUUAACGGCAAAUCUAAAGGAUCAACAUCCGCAAAUACCGUUCCUUGGCCUGCUAUCGGGUUUUAUCCACUUGUAGCAAGAGAAGAUUUACACGAAGAUAUGAUGCCUGUUGAGUUUAUAAAUGAUAAAAAAUUGGAAUUCGUCGACUAUACAAAACUAAAACCAUUUACGCAGCAAGAUUGGGAGCUAACGAAAGGAAGUUUACUAUGGGCAAAUGCUAUAAGAAGAUGGGCAGAGAUGCAGGAUGGUCAAAGGAUUUUAUUAACCACACCUAGUGUUCUAGUUGGCUUCAGGGUCGAGGUUUAUCGCGCUGAAGGCACUACCCAAUGGUAUACAGCUGUCAUUGUCGGUUACAACGAAUCAACCAAGGAUUUAACAGUAACUGAUGACACCGUGCUUGAAGAGCACAAUGAAGAUCCACGAUUAGUUCAAAUGCGUUUGAUUGGAGAUGGAGUUGUAGAGAGUAUCAUGAGGGGCGAGGUUGUCGGCAUGACGCCGAGGAGGUCGAGGUCGUCGACUGGCCUGAUGACGCACGCAAUUGUCGUCCCUCGAGUGCCGAGAAGACCCCGUGGUCGACCAGUAACCACAUCGUUAACAGUCGCACAACCAGUGUCGCAACAGAUAGAAAAAGAUAAAGGAAUUGCCAAAAAAAAAGGAGCGCAGAAAGUGAACGAAGGAUCGGCACGUGAAAAAACCGAGUCACGUCAAGAGGAUCGCGAAAACAAAGGCCCAGUGAUAAGCACUGUUAAACCUACUAAUCGUGGUCCCCGAUCGUCGGUACUUGAGGAGACCAAUAGUUUAACAAAACUUCGUAAACGCGGUGGAACUGUAACUGGUGGAGGAACUGGGAGCGCCAGUAGCGGAGGAUUAAAAAACGCAGAGACAAAUCGUCGAGCAGUGCGCGGUAGACGUGGUCGUCCAACCGAUGAAUCACGUCGAAAUGACCGGGAUCGUUUGAAUGCAACAGAAGACAAAGAGCCAGCCCAAGAUCAAGAUCAUUUGAGAUCAGAGGACGAGGCUGAAACUGAAGAAGAAGAUUGCCCUGCUGAGGGAGGAGAAGAAGACCCUGAGAACGAGGAGAGCGGAGAAGAAUCUGAUUCAAAGCUUAAAACUCGGUUACGAUCCGCACGCCAAGAUACUGAGCAAGAGGAGAAAAAAGAGUUUAAACUAAACCUUAACCAAGACCAGGAGAAACAACAGGAUCUUGAGAAAAAAGUUUACCAGCCUGACAGUAACGUUAUUGCCAAGACUAGUUUGGCUGAUGUUAAACCUGAAGAAGACGAAAGUGAAUCACGUGAGCGGGAUAGAGAGCCCGAACCGCCACCUAGAAUUCCUGAUACUCUAGAUCCUGGGGGUGAUGAUAGUAAAAUAGAGAAUAGCAAUUCCAAUAGUGGUACUAAUAAAACAAUAGAAGCUGUAACGAGUAAUAAGGAAGAAAAGGAGACUGUUGAUAAGUUUAACAGUGAUAUUGAAAAUUCAAGCAGUCCUAGUCAUAAGCAGGCCAGUGAACUGGUCGAGUGUACGAAUAAGGACGGCAGCGUGCUGGAGAGACUGAGUCCAUUGAACGCUGGGCCGGGGAGGCUGACCCUGCUCCAUGACGAGCAGGAGCGUAGCCGGCACAACGAGAGUCCAGUUAUUCUUGCCGAAAGGAUAAACAAGCCUCCCGUGUCCUCUUCUGGUGGCUUGGUGCAUCCGCAUCAUAAUAAUAAUCAUAAUCAUCUUCACCAGCAGCAGCUUCAUCACCACCAGGAACACCAACAUCUUCAACAGUAUCAGCAUUUGCAUCCAAGGUACACUGCCAGUCCGGUGAUCCAUCGACUGGACUCGGUGAGUCCUCACAGUCAUCGUUCACCGUAUCCGAAUCAUCAUCAUCUUCACCAUCAGCAACAGCUUCAUCAUCAGCACCAAGGUGUCUUAGAUAUUGGUGAUAAGUCUAAUCAUAAUUUGGUCCAGCAUCAUCAUCAAUUGUCUUCAACCCGGCACGGCGAUGAUGCCGGUAGUAUCAUGGAGAUGGAGACCGGUGGGAACGGUGCUGCCGUUGGAGGCUUCCCUGGUGUAUCAGGUGUCGCCAGUGGCGUCCGAGGCGCUACGACCUAUGGCGACAGCGGUUCAGAUAGCGGGAUAAGUUCGCUCAGGAGUGCCGGUUCCGGGGAUGAACGUAGUGGAAGCCGUAGCUCGGCUUUGAGCGCUGAAGAAACUACUGGCACAGCGACUACGAAUAUUCCAACGAUAAUUCCAGUUCCAGCGACAACAUCGGUAACUACUACAGUUCCAUCGCCUUCAGGUUCAGGUGCUUCGACAACACCGGCUUGCAUUAGGCACGUAUACAGUGUCCAGCAUACCUCACUUAUGAUGGCACAUACCCCACAAUCCUCGGGUUCUACCAUCCCAGUUAGUGCUCCACCGGUUGGUUAUCAAACUCCAGCUGCGCCUGCUAGUCAUCAUCAUCAUCAUCCCUCUGCGGAGAUGCUCUGGCGACCACCAAGAUAUCCCCCUCUGCCCCAUUCACUUCUUGCUCCAGGUCAACCUAUGCCUUCUGAGGAGCUGGUAGAACGCGAGCGACAUGACAGAAUCAUUAGAGAAAGAAGAGAAGCUGAAGCCCGGGAAUUGGAAAAGCAGCAGCAAAGAGAAGCCAAAAUGGAUCUCGAAAAAUUGGAGAAACAAAAAGCUGCUGAGCAGGCAGUACACAAACAUUUUGAAGAGUCCUUUAGAUUGGCACAUCAAAGGGUACCUUAUGUUUCGCAGAGAAAUAUGUCGACGGCCUCGGCGCCGUGGAGUAACUUUAUAACACUGCCACCACCAGGAAGCAGAAGUCACGGUGCGCCUCCCCCAUCACAUGCGGGGUUGCCCUCACAUGGUCACCAUCAUCCUGGUCCCGGUGGAGCCGCGCAUCCCUCACAAGUUGCGUCUCAACAGCAGCAGCAACAGCAACAGCAGCAGCAUCACCAACAAGAACGACAGAGGCGUGAACGUGAGGAGCAUGAUGCGCGAGAACGUGAACGUGAACGUGAGCGAGAACGGGAACGGGAACGAGAACGUGAACGUGAGCGUGAACGAGAUGUUCAAGCUAGAGAGCAGCGGGAACGUGAGCGUGAGCAUCUGGUGGCUGCUGAGCGGCUACAUAGACAAGCUGAGGCUCGUGAGCAUCAAAGAGCUGCUGCGUAUUAUGGAGCUACUGCUCCAUCUACUGCUCAACAGGUAUUACGAUCGUCAAGUGUACCAAGCAAAGUUGAGUACCCACCACCUCCAGCGCAUUCUCGAACCUCAAAAUCAUCACUGUCAGUAGUAAAUUUACAUGACAAGCAGCAAGUAGUGGGACCUCCACACAGCCUUCCAAAAGCCGAACCAAAUGUUAGUUUGUUCACCUACCCAGCGUACACAACCUCCCAAAUGCCGUCUUAUGUCCACGACAUAAAGGUAAAAAAUGAUCUCCAAUUAAAAGCACUACCAGGUAAAAGUCUCGGUAGUCAUGAACGAGAUCAUCACGGCCGGGAGUUGUCGCAAAGUCAGCCACCCUCGUUACUAUCAGACCACAAGAGCUCGGUAAUAGUAAAAAAUGAGCAAGGUCGUGGAGGAAAUGACCUAUCAAAAGUACCACCACCCCACUCGUCGAGUCCAAAGAUGAUGUCUUACAUGGUGCAACCAGUGGCACCACCCCAAGGACCACCACCCUCUAGCCACAAAACUCCCGUAACUUACGAGUACCGGAGUCCAACCCAGAGCCCGCAUCACCUGCAUCACCUAGAAAGCUUGCAGGCAAAAGGAUUACCGAGUCACCACCGUUCGCCAGCUGGACACACUCAGUCGCCUCACGGGCAUUCGUCGUCACAUUCGCACAACCGUCAGUCGCCUCACAGUCAGCCUCAUCCCCAUCAAACGCCCCACCCAUCACCACCAGAGCCACGUUACCUCAGCAGGCCUGAACCCGGAUUGCUCUACGCAUCAUCAAAGCCCUCAUACUCGUACCCCCAUCAACCAAACGCCUCACCGACCUCUCACUACGCCGCACCACCGGGUUCCAAGCCAAAAGUGAGCAGCCCAGCGCCGCCUCACAUCUACGGGAAUCCAGGAAACCCCGGUAUUUUAACCGGAACACCAGUGUGUCGUGCGUCUGAGCCAGCAGCGCCAGCCCCGUUGCCACUAACGUCAAAGGCUCCAGGUAGUUCGCCUUACCAGCAAGUGCCUCAUCAUCACGGGGUGCCACCAUCCAGGAAUUUACCUCCUCCGGCAGCACACAGUCGCUCUCCGUACGAUUCACGUGGCUUUCCAGUCGGCUCUCCGUUACCUUCAUCAAAAUUGCCGCCUCCGUUACACGGAUCUCCCCCGACUGUAGCCUCAGCGCCUCUAUCACGUCCCACGGUAACGCAUCCGUCACACCAUGUGAAUAAUCCACAUCAACCUGGUGGCCCAGCACCGUCGUCGUUGCAACAGCAACAGCCACCAAUGGUUGUUCCGUCGUUUCAAACCCAACCAUUGGAUCUGGGUGUUGAGCGUUCAAUCUCACCGAAGCGUAAAGCUUCCACACCGACUGAUCAUCUGGGUCAGCCUGUCUCUCUAGAGAUUAAAAAACGACGUACCGAAGAACCACCCACUCCUUUAUCCCUACAGUGUGUUGGACCGCCUGUACUGUCUAGGGUGAGUGAACCAAGUCCGCUGAUUGCUUCGGCUGCAACUUCUAUCACCACUGUUGUCAAUAAUGCGCUGCUGGUACAGUCAACCAUUAAUAAUACUACUGUUAAUACUACUACUACGACUACUGUAACUACUGCUACUAUUAAUAGUAAUAAUAACAGUAAUAAUAAUAUUAAUAGUAAUAAUAAUAGUAAUAGUAAUAAUGAUAAUACUAGUAUUAAUACUGAUAAUGUUCAAACACAUCAACAACUACAACAGCAGCAGCUAUCACAAGAUCCAGCUGUUGUUGUUUCUGUAAGCCCGGCACCAAGAACAGCCAGUGCUGAUGGAUCCGUCCGGCCUGCUAGUACUGGUAGUGUUAAUUCGUUGCAUCAAAUAACGACAAGUCCAGCACCUACAGCAAGUCCUGCUCCGCCAACGGCUGCACCCAGUCCCUCGCCGCUGAGUGCUCCCGGAACUCCAGCUAAAACUCCGGCUAAUAAUACUGAUAGUGAGAAGUCGAAUAGUCCGGCACCCAGGCCGCCUAGUAGGACUAAUUAUCCGGUGCAUAAGCUUAAAAAAGCUUGGUUACAAAGACACUCUGGUGAGGAUGGUACUGAGGAUACUACUGGUGUUAUCGGUAGUGGUUCUUGUGUUACGUUACCAUUAAAUAGUGCUCAGGCCCCGUCUCAGCCCCUACACAAAGAACGUGAAUCUACUACCAGUAAUAGUAAUAGUACGUCUAAUACGACGACUAGUCUACCCAGUGCUGUUAAUUCUAUUCAUAAUAUUGGAAGUAUGGCUGUUAAUAGUAUAAAUAAACCUAAAGGUACUGGCAAAGCUGGGAGGAAACCGCUCAAUAAAGAAACAUUAAAUGGACAUACUAAUGAAACUAAAAAUCUUCAAGAAGAUUCGUCUAGCAGCGAUCCUGAGAGGAAGUCGCCGCCUAAGAGAAAACCGCCCAAGGUAAAACGAAAGAAGGGAGCCCCGAGGAGACAACAGGCAGCUGUUGAAGAACAAAGACGCAGAAAAGAUGACAAACAAGUAACAGGAAAUACCGGUAGUGUGGCAAAUUCUACUGCUGCUGCUGCUGCUGCUGGAAGUGAUUCUAGCAACGAAAGUGAAGCUGGAUCAGCUAGCGACACCAGUGAACAACUUACCUCCUCAUCGUCUAUUCAGCCUACUCCUAAAAGAAAUACCACAAAUAUCACUACCAAUAAUUCAACUAACUCCAACAAUUCUACUGGAAAUGGAAACACCAACAAGGAGCCACGAAAAAGAGGCAGACGACCAAAGAAUUCGAAGGGAAACGACGCCGGAGGGGGCGAGGAUCAACCUCGUCCAAAAAAAGAGCGUAAAGAUGACAGUUCAAGCGGGAAUGGCGGUGCUGGUGGCGAAGGCGGUGGUAACGGUGGAAACGGUCAAGGCGGAGGUAGUGGAAAAAGUAAUCCCUUUUGUAAACCACCCACAUCGCAGUUGAAAAAAACCGGCGACAGUUGGCUUCAAGACCUAGCGUGCUGCGAUGUUGCACCAAAAUUAGCUAAAUGCCGUGAAUGUCGUUACCUCGCCAAAAGCACAUUGUCAAGAAUUAAAAAACAAACAGUAUUCUGUCGUUUUUAUGCAUUUCGUCGGCUCCGAUAUACUAAAAAUGGUCAAUUGGCCAUUGCCGGAUUUAGCGAUCCACACAAAGAUGCAUCUGAGGAAGACGUACAGUUAUGGUUACCGGGUAAUAUGGGUCAAAAUUCGAAGGAAAAGGAUGAAAAAACGGAAAAAAGUGACAAAGAUAAAGGUGCGGAUAGAUUAGAUCUAGACAAGGAAAUGGCUUACCGGCUGUUACGUCAAGUAGGCGAUCAAUUUUGUGAUCUUUUACGCCAGGAAAAAGAAGCACUUUCUGAGCACAUAGCUGACGCGGAUAAUGGAAUUGUAGACAGUACAGUUGCGUGGAAACGAGUCGUCCAGGGUGUACGUGAGAUGUGCGACGUUUGCGAAACAACACUUUUCAAUUACCACUGGGUCUGCGGUAAAUGUGGUUUCGCUGUUUGCAUCGAUUGUUUUAAGGGACGUAAAAAUGGAACCGUGACUAUUUGGGGUGAAAGUGGAAAAGAUCGUGACGAUUGUGGCUGGUUACUUUGUACAAAUCGGCAAAUCCACGCGCCAGAUCGUCUAAUGCUAACCCAAAUAAUAGCAGGUGACAGUUUACCUCAGUUAGGACAACGCUUGCAUGAUGUAAGAGCUGAAUGGGGAAUUCCACAACACUGUGAUUGUUCACUAGUAUCAUCAACUCCACCCAACGACAUCCUCCGUAAUUCUAUAAAAGGUGACUCAAUAACCGUUACAACAAAUGGUAACAUCAAGCAAGAAAUAAAAGAAGAAAAGAAUUCGGAUGAUACCGCGAAUGGUUCGUCUGACGGUAAAGCCAAUGGCGAAGAAAAUUCACCCUUAAAUUGGUUAGCCGACGUAGCGUUGCAAAAUCAAGAUAAAAAUGACAGUGGCUCUAGUUCUGACUCAGACGAAGAUCGUGACGGUAAUUAUUCUACCUUGCGUGAAUUAUUGAUCCGUCCAUCACACAAACCCAAUGGUAACGGCUCACGGUCAAAUUCUCCGACGAACGUUAAUUCACCUGGACCUACGAGUAACAAUAUCGUUAAGCAGGGUAAAAAAUCCAAGAUGGACGCACUUGAUGAGGUAAUAUCGAGUGUAAUUGAACACACAGCUAAAGAGGAACGCGAUAGAAACGAGUCUGGUGAAAAAACUUGUGAGCUGAAACACUUUGUGCGUCGCUAUAAGUGGACCGAACGUGGGCGUGAGCCAUUGCCAAUUAGAAUAAUGACAUUAACCGAGAGUAAAAGUCUUUAUCCAAAUGUACCACAUUCCUGGUUGUGUAAUGGUAAACUAUUGCGGUUAAAUGAUCCUCAUAAUAUCAACAAUUAUCGCAUAUUUCAAGAUCAAUGGAAACGUGGUCAGCCAGUUAUUGUAUCAGAUGUAUCUAAAUCACUUAACAUGGAUCUCUGGCACCCAGAUUCAUUUGCGCGAGACUUUGGUGAUGAAAAAAAUGACUUAGUUAACUGUAUGACCGGUCACACAGUACCACAUCAACCUAUGCGUAAAUUUUGGGAAGGUUUUGAGCAUUUUUCAAAACGCCUUAAAGACGAUAAAGGCAAUCCAAUGCUUUUGAAACUAAAAGACUGGCCACCGGGUGAAGAUUUUGCUGAAUUAUUACCAUCACGUUACGCUGAUCUCAUGAAAGUAUUACCGUUGUCUGAGUACACUCAUCGUAAUGGACGGUUAAAUUUAGCAAGCAGAUUACCUGACUGCUUUGUUAGGCCAGACUUGGGGCCUAAAAUGUACAAUGCAUAUGGCUCAGCGCUCUACUCGAAUAAAGGAACGACUAAUUUACAUCUUGAUAUAUCUGAUGCUGUUAAUGUUAUGGUUUAUGUGGGUAUUCCUCAAGAUGGUGACAGUGAAGAGCAUAUUAAAGAAGCACUGAGAGCUGUCGAUGAAGCAGGCUGUGAUAUUUUGACUCGCCGACGUGUACGUGAACGUGGUGAAGCACCAGGUGCUCUCUGGCACAUUUAUGCUGCUCGUGAUGCUGAUAAAAUUCGCGAUCUGCUUAAUGCUGUUGCUUUAGAACGUGGCGCACGUUUAGAGCCACACCACGAUCCUAUUCAUGAUCAAAGCUGCUAUCUUGAUGGUCAUCUACGUGAACGAUUGUACCGUGAAUAUGGUGUUGAAGGGUACGCAAUUGUUCAGUGUCUAGGUGACGCAGUAUUUGUACCAGCAGGUGCACCACAUCAAGUUCGUAACCUCCACAACUGUAUUAAAGUUGCUGAAGAUUUUGUAUCACCUGAAAAUGUAUCUCACUGUUUUCAUUUAACUCAAGAGUUUCGUGCCCUAUCAGACACUCACACUAAUCACGAAGAUAAAUUACAAAUAAAAAAUAUUAUUUAUCACGCGGUUAAAGAUUCAUUGACUGUAUUAGCUAAUGCUAAGGAGGAGGCAUUGCAACAACAACAACAACAACAACAACAACAACAACAACAGCAACAGCAACAGCAACAGCAGCAACAAUUACAACAGCAGCAGCAACAGCAACAGCAACAGCAAAAGAAGAAGAAAGAUAAUCAGAAGAAUAAUAAACAAGCUAAGCAAGCACAAUCACAGCAAACAACACCUGUUAGUAGUAAUACUAAUCUGAGUAAUAAUAAUAAUAGUAAUAAUAAUAGUAAUAGUGGGAGUUCAACGCAUGGUCAAGCUAAAGAUAUGACAAGGAUAAAUAUUGAAAAUCUUAAAUUACCACCUGGUAUUACGAUAACAAAGGUUGAUGUUCCUGUGAAACCAUUUCCAAUAAAAUCAACUCCACUUGCUAAAGCUACUAACAAUACUCCGCCAAAUAAACAGGCGACGAUAAUUGCAUCUCCAAUGUCAGCUGGAGGAAUUCAUGGAAGCUAUGGUGGUCCUCAAGCUGGCGCUAAUGUUAUUGUCGUUGAUACUGGGAAACUCAAGCAGGAUCUUAAUCCAAAUGACAAAGGAGCUUCCAAAGAGCCAAGUAAAUCGAGUAAAAAGAAGAAGAAGAAGAAUGCAGCAGCAGCAGCUGCUGCCGCCAAGAAUUCAUUGCAAAAUAAUUCACAAUCUAACGACAACUCGGAACGUUAUCAAAAUGAUGAAUUAGCGCGUAUUGUUCACAAUCCCGGAUCCAAUAUGGUGACUAUCCGUAAUCCUGCAUUCGGAUCGUUACCAAAAGUUGAACCAGUUCAACAACAAGCAGCUAUUAUUAAACUGUCUGACAAUGGGAUGGUAACAAUACGAAGUCCAGCCUUGCAACAUGCCUUGAACAAUGGUCUUACACCUCCGCCAAAACCCGAUUUUAUAGUGAAAGGUGAAUUUUUGAAUGAAAAUAACAAACCCGCAUCGGGACAAAAAAGUGCAAAUAUAUCUUCGAGCUUAGCUGAUCUAAGAAGUCGUCUCACACCCGAUUGUACUGGUAUCACUGGUCUUGCUAAUAUACAAAUAAGUAAAGUAACUAGUGGGCAACAAGUGAUACCUGAGAAUGGUAUUAAUUUAAAAGGAACCAGUGUUACAUUAACAAAGGUCAAAAAUCCAGAUGUUAAAUGUGAUUUUGUUGGUGUUUCUUCUACUGUUGCCAAUAUAACAAUCCCUCCGACAAAUUCUCCUGGUGGUUUACCACAUGAGCUCUCGUCAAAUAAUAUUCCUAAUGAUUUUAAUCAACAUCAGCCGUUGCAGCAUCAUCAGCACCAUCAACACCAGCAAGAUCAGCAACAACAGCAGCAGCAGUCAUUAGCGAAAGGAAAAAAAAAGAAAAAGAAAGGAAAUGGUGCUAGAUCAUGCGGCGAUGACUGGAAUCUCGUUGAGAGCGUAUUCACGCCGAAAGAUAUAGACGAGGAUGGAGAGAUGGACGACGCAGAACGUGAACUGGAGGCAUUCAAACGUUUCUGUCUGCAGUCAGUACCACCGCCGAGAAAAGAAAAAGUUAAGCUUAAUAUCAAGGACAUUGUUCUUAAGAAAAAAUCGUCAUCUUCAUCCUCAUCUUCUUCAUCAUCAUCUUCGUCGUCUUCAUCAUCUUCAUCGUCAUCAACUUCUUCAGCAGCCGCGGCUAUAAUUGCUGCUAAUUAAUUAUUUUUUAUUUGUUAUCAUUCAUUAAUUUUUUUUAUCGGUAAAACAAAUACUGCCAUAUCAGUAAAAUAUUUUAUU